UCGGGUCAUUGGCCCGAUGAGUGGCCACUAACCUGGCUACUACCUACUACCAACUGGUCAUCGACUGAGUAAGUCCCGUACCUAGGCAGGUACCUACUAGGUAUCCUUGGCCACGCACCAACCAGGCUAUGCAGUGGUACUACUAGCCAGAUGACCCCAAAGAUAGAUAGGUUACUGGGUAACCCCGGAAUUGGACGGACAAAGCAAUUUGAUCACAUUACGGGGGUAGAUCAUUUUCUUCCUCCCCCGUGGAGAUUGGAGGUUUCAUGUGAAGACUGCUGCGGCCUGCUUGACCUGAGGUAUGGAGUACUACCUAUCUUAUUCCCGCGUGCUGCUCCAUGUGCUGCUCCAUGCGAAACAGGCGCCGGUAAUGAUUUUCAUUGGCUUUUUUUUCUAUUUCUUUUUUUCUCGUUUCCUUUUGGUUUUGAUACCCCCCUUUCGGGCUGCUUGGUAAUUUCCCCCACUUUUAUGCUAUCAUACUUACGGAGGACUCUAUCAAGGGCAUCACCACAAUGCAGUGAGGAGACAAUCUGAUCAAUUACAUAUAAGAGUCGCACUAUAUACCGGUGAGAAAAGAAAGAA